AUGUAUGUAGCAGUUAGAGGAUUCUCAUUCGGGCUGCUCUCUGUUCAGAAAUUACGCCUCCCUCAGCAGUCAACAGCACACUCACUCGCUCUGGCUGAAUGUGGCAUCACAGAUAUAGAGGACUUUGCUCUGGCUGCGUUUACUGAGUUAACUAGUUUAAACCUUGACUUCAACAAUUUGACUCGCCUUAAUCAAAAAUGGUUUAACGCUUUGAAGUUCCCAAACCUUUUCAAAAGUCUGUCAUUAUCACACAACAACAUCAGCAGCAUAGAUUCUAACUGCUUUCAAAAACUUACCACUCUGAAUGUGCUGUUACUCGAUUAUAACUCACUGCAGAGUAUUGGGUCAUCUUGGUUUUACAACCUAGAGAGUCUAGGCCAUCUUUCUUUGAAAUCAAAUCUCAUCCAGAGCAUCCAUCCAGGGGCAUUUGGGUCCCUCUCGCAGCUGAUACACCUUGAUUUGAGCAGUAAUGCACUGAAUCACCUGCCUAGUGAAACUGUCAAGAGGCUGCACAAACUAGAGAGUCUGAAAGUGAGUGGAAAUAAAUUACUUUCUGUUGGCGAUUCUUUUCUUCUGGGGAUGAACUGGAGCAUUCAUCGCAGAGCAUAUCGCUAUUCUGACCAUCGCAUUGCAGUGACGGUGAACGAACAGUUACAGUACAGCGAGAUUCCGGACGAGUACUACUACAAGUACGAAAACAUGGACACUUCGCCACCUGAGACUGUCAGGACCUACUGGCAGAUUCCCGAUGACUACUACAACUACUACAACACGCGGCCGGCAUUUUUACAUCAGUACUGGGAGAUCGGGGAUGACUACUACAACUACGAAAACACCGCGGGGCGCCCCCUGUCGUUUCCUUUGGCACUGCAGGUGCAUCUGUCUUCUGGCCAUGACGAUGAGGUCCAAUGA